AUGAAAACAGUAUUCAAUGGGCUGCGUAGAUUUUUCCACCGGGAUACAUGUGAUUAUGCUUUAAAGAAAACUAUUUUGAAGAGAACUAGAUCCAAGAUGGAUGAAAAUCUAAAAUUCCGUGAAAAUCCAAUUGUAAUGAAGUUGAACUCCACUGCAUUCCAAAAUAUUUUCACUCAGGAAGUUCUUGACUUAAAAGCGAUAUUUGAUAAAUAUAAUUAUGAACUUCGUAUUGCCGGAGGGGCUGUCAGAGAUCUUUUAAUGGAUCAGCAAGCUAAGGAUUUAGAUUUUGCUACUACAGCAACUCCCAAUGAGAUGAAGGAUAUGUUUACAAAGGAAAAUGUUAGAAUGAUCAAUAUGAGUGGAGAAAAACAUGGAACAAUUACGCCUCGGAUCAAUGACAAAGAAAAUUUUGAAGUAACAACAUUGAGAGUUGAUUUAGUCACGGAUGGACGGCAUGCUGAAGUAGAAUUUACAAAAGACUGGAAAUUAGAUGCAAACAGGCGAGAUUUAACAAUCAAUUCUAUGUUUCUUGGUUUUGAUGGCUCUGUAUAUGACUAUUUUUAUGGAUAUGAUGAUCUCAUGAAACGAAGGGUUGCCUUUGUUGGAGAUCCUGAUGUAAGAAUUAAAGAGGAUUACUUAAGAAUCAUGCGGUAUUUCCGUUUUUAUGGAAGAAUUGCUAAAAGUCCUGAUAGUCAUGAAGAGUAUACAUUGAGAGUUAUUGAGAAAAAUGCUGAUGGCCUUCAGAAUGUAUCGGGAGAAAGAAUAUGGAUGGAAUUGCAAAAAACUUUAGAUGGAAAUUUUGCUGGCAACUUAUUAAAGACUAUGCUCAAUGUAGGUGUUGGAAAAUAUAUAGGUAUACCCCAUCCUAACAUUGAGUCAUUAGACAGAUUACUGAAGAGAAGUCAACAUUUAAAUCUACACCCUAUGAGCUAUUUAGCUGCCUUAUUGAAUGACAUUGAUGAUGUCACACUAUUGCAUUGUAGAUUAAAGUUUUCUGGCUAUCAUAGGGACAUGAUUUAUUUCAUUGUGGAGCACAGAGAUAAAAAUGACUUAACAAGACCAUUAUUGCCAUAUGAAAAACUAAUUUUAAACUCUAAAAUAAAACAAAAAAACAGUGUAGAAUAUGUACUUGAAUUACUGAAGUACAGGGGUGAUGAAACACUUUUGAAACUAAUAAGAAAGUGGGAGAUACCCCAGUUUCCUGUUACUGGUAAAACUUUAAAAGAAAAUGGAGUACCGCCUGGCAAGAUGUAUGGGAAAAUUAUAGAGAAACUAAAAAACAUAUGGAUUGAAAAUGAAUACAAACAAACCUGUGAAGAUUUGGUAAAACUCAUUCCAAGUUUUAUGGAUGAUUAUAAAAAAUAA